CAAACAGUAUUGUGAUUUUCUUUUGAGAAUGUCAAUCCUGCAAUCCUCCGCUCUUAAUUCUUGAUUCUUAUCUAUUUAUUCUGCUGCAUCUGCCUGCACUGCAACUGCAUUGCAUUCUGCUGGAUGAUUCGUUCUACUAGGAAGGAUUUAAGGUUGGAGUUGGAAGCACGAAGCACGAGAACUAAUUCAAUCAUUCAAGAAUUUAUAGGAAAUAGGCCUAAAACGACUGGUGUCUUAGGAAUCUCUGUUCUUCCUGCAGGACAGGUCAUUUGAUGAAAUAUUCUGGAUCAUACUGGAUGCACAGUGCUUGUUGUGACUUGGUGGCGCGUGUGUUUAUCAAAAGAUAACAUUUCUACACUGUCUUCGAGAAGAUAACGGUGCACCAUUUUGUCUGUAUGAAUAGUAUAGUUUUUACUUAUUUUGUAAUCAAGUGAUUAAUCCUUUGAUUUUACAAAAAUGUCAGACCACAGUAGUUAUCCUCCUAGAAAAAAGGCACAUUAUUCACCGUGCCCUGAAGGAAAACUUGAUAGCUCUAAUGGAGAAGGGAACUCUGAGUAUCGAAAAAGUAAUAAUUUGUCGGACGGUAGCUUUCCAGACCUACAUACACAAUCAAGACGUAGCUCUGAAAUGUCCUUUCAGUUGUCUGGUUCAUCUCCCUCACCUCGCCCAUCUUCCUCGUCUCGGGGAUCUGCUUCUGUUCCCAAGAAUGCAACAAGAGACAAAAUUGAAGAAAUUUGUGAUAAAGAAAAACCAAAAGAAUUAUCCAAGCCUAGUAGUGAAGAAGGUUAUUCCUACACCUCAGACGAAAACAACGACUCAGAAAGUCACAAGAGUUUUGGAAAACGUUCUAAUUCUUCAGAUGGUGCUACAGGUUGUGAUUAUAAAAAUACCGACGGAAACUUGAAUGAAAAUCGGGAACUUGAUAUGUCUGAUGAAAAUGUAAUUGAAAUGUUCCCAAAUCGUCACGAGUUUGAUCUCCUUGAUGAUCUUGAAGAAAGUGAGCAGGAAGAUGAGGCAUGUUCUCAAUCACACUCUGAAUCGAGUGAUUAUGAAACAGUAGAAGAAGAUGAAGGACCAACAAUAGACGAUGUGGAUGCCAUGCUUGAAGAAGGAUUACCCGAAAAGUUCAAAGAUACUGGAAGGAAAGAACCCAAAGUCAGAUUGAAACGCAAAGUUCAAUUAGAGGAAAUUGCUCACAACCAUUUUGAUUUACUUCCUGAAGGCUGGAUCAAAAUAGUGCACAGCAGUGGCAUGCCAGUGUACUUGGAACAAAAGACAAGAGUGUGCACCAUGACUCGACCAUAUUAUUUAGGACCUGGAAGUACACGUAAUCAUAAAAUACCUCUCAGUGCCAUUCCCUGCCUGCAGUACAGAAGAGCAUUGGAAGAAGAAAAGAAAAUAAAAGAAGAGAAAGAAGGACAACUCAAAGUAGAGGAAGAGAACAAACAGAAAGAGGAGAAAGGAGACAAAGAAAAAAACAGAGAGCAAACUCAAAAUAAGCCUCAAGAAAUUCAAUUAUUCACGGCUAAAAUAGAAACCUCUGAAGAAAACGAAGCCAAGCAGUCCCUUGAGGCUUUGGAUCUCCGUGAAUAUUGCAAAAAUCUUUUUAUUUUCAAAACUACUACUACGAUGCCUUUUAAAUCAUGGGCUGACAGAAGAAAGUAUGCAAGGAUGACAAAAGAUUUAAAGAAAAGACAAAGGCCUACCCUACCAGGUGGUACUAAAUUAUUAAAGUUUCCAACACAAAAUAUGGAUGGUACCAAUUCUAGGUCUAAAGGGGAAUGGAUUAUAAAUCCUAAUGGGAAGAGUUAUGUUUGCAUUCUACACGAAUACGUUCAGCACGCAUUGAAGAAACAUCCUAAAUACCAAUUCAAAGAACUGCAAAAUCCUGCCACACCCUAUUCUGCUACAGUUUUCAUUGACGACAUGCAGUACAGCGUUGGAGUGGGUGCGAGUAAGAAACAAGCUAAAGUGGAAGCAGCCAAAGCAGCAUUGGAAGUUCUCAUUCCUGAAAUGAAGGAUAAGAUAGAACGCGAUGGACAGUUUGGAAUGCGGUCAGGAAUCGCUCAGAGAUCCCAGAGCAACGACGUAUCUAUAUUCGAUGAAAUAAGAGUUGAGGAUCCGAGAGUGGCUGAGUUUUGUGCCAAGACUACAGAACCUCCUCCCUAUGCUAUUCUUCUCACAUGUCUGUCACGAAACUUGGGUUUGGGUGAGGUCAAAAGUCACUAUGAAAUGAACUCGAAGAAACAUAAAGAAGAUGAAUACACGAUGACAGUGGGCGAACAUAAAGCGACAGUUGUGUGCAAAAAUAAACGAGAUGGUAAACAACGUGCAGCACAAGCUAUCUUGCAACUUUUGCAUCCAAACAUCAAGCACUGGGGCUCUCUCCUCAGAAUGUAUGGGAACAAGUCCAUCAAAAGUGUAAAAGAAAAGAAACAAGAGGAGCAAGAGAUCACAAGACUUCAAAGCAAAGCUUCACUUAAUCAACCAAACUUUGCCAUUCUUGAAAAACUUCGUUCAGAAAUGUUGAAACUAAAAGAAAAGAAAGAUGCUAUGAAAGCAAAAGGAAAAUUUACCCCGCCUGAAAAUGUCGUACUCCCAUCACUUUCAUCGGCAGAUCUGAAUAAAAUCAACACCUCAUAAUCAACAUCUACUGAUCGUUAAAAAGUAGUGAGGAACAAUGUGUUAUCAAGGACUUCACCAUUACAGAACUCCAUUACCAAUACCAACAUGUAAUGCUUUAGGUUUAUCUAUCUAUGACUUAACUCCUCAGAUAAAAUUAUGACCAUGUUCUUAAAGUUGACAGAUUUUGUUAAACAAAAUAUGUGACAUUUUCAUUUAGGUAUUCAUUGACAUUUUAUUACGUUAAUUUUGUUAAUUGCGUUAAUUACAUUGUUAAUUACAUAAUUUGUUAAUCAGCAAGUAAUUUUUUACAAUGUUUAUCCACACUACACAUAUACAGGGUGGCUGAAAAGUAACUUACACCCCCCCUUAACUUUUCAACCAUUUGAUAUAUUUGAAAUCUGUUUGCGGCAAACUUAUUAGAUAUGAGGGACUACAAAAAUUAUAUUCGAUUUUGAAAAUUUUGCCCGUGGGGGUAGGGGGUAGCUCAAAAUUGUCAAAUA